AUGGCGAGGAGCAGAUCGUCGUCGAGCAGGUGGAGAUAUGUGAAUCCGGCGUAUUAUUUGAAGAGACCUAAGAGAUUAGCUUUGCUUUUAAUGGUGUUUGUUGGCGCCAGUUUAGUUGUUUGGGAUCGGCAGACUCUAGUUCGCGAGCACGAGGAAGAGCUGUCUAAAUUGAGUGAUGAAGUUAAUCGGUUACAAAAUCAACUCGAAGAACUUAAAGCGGGUCAAAGUGGAGAAGUAAAGGAAAAUGCUCGCCAUAAUGAUGAAGCGAGUUGGGAUUCUGGUGGUUUUGAUGAUCCAGUUGACCUUGAACGAAGAGAGAAAGUUAAAGAUGCUAUGAUUCAUGCAUGGAGUUCAUAUGAAACCUAUGCUUGGGGUCAUGAUGAACUUCAGCCUCAAUCGAAAAAUGGUGUUGAUAGCUUUGGUGGUCUUGGAGCAACUUUAAUUGAUGCUCUUGACACUCUAUACAUAAUGGGAUUGAAGGAGCAGUUCCAAAAGGCUAGAGAUUGGGUUGCACAAUCCUUGGACUUUAACAAGAACUAUGAUGCCAGCGUGUUCGAGACAACCAUAAGGGUUGUUGGUGGACUUCUCAGUGCAUAUGAUCUUUCUGGAGAUAAAGUUUUCCUUGACAAGGCUAAGGAUAUUGCUGAUAGGCUACUGCCUGCUUGGGAUACUCCUUCGGGCAUUCCGUUUAAUAUAAUAAACUUGGCUGAUGGGAAUCCACAUAAUCCUGGGUGGACUGGGGGUAAGAGCAUCCUGGCAGAUUCUGCCACAGAGCAGAUCGAAUUUAUUGCACUGUCCCAAAGAACCGGUGAUCCUAAAUAUCAGCAAAAGGUGGAAAAUGUCAUAAAAGAGCUUAAUAAAACCUUUCCAUCUGAUGGCUUGCUUCCCAUCUACAUUAAUCCACACAGUGGAACAAGAUCACAUUCGACCAUAACUUUUGGAGCCAUGGGGGACAGCUUCUAUGAAUACUUACUCAAGGUCUGGAUACAAGGAAACAAAACCACUGCAGUGAAGCAUUAUAGGGACAUGUGGGAGACAUCCAUGAAAGGUCUUUUAAGCUUGGUGCGGAGAACUUCCCCAUCUUCUUUUACUUAUGUCUGUGAGAAGAUUGGAACUUCUUUAAUUGAUAAGAUGGAUGAACUUGCAUGUUUCGCUCCAGGAAUGAUAGCAUUGGGAUCUGCGGACUAUGACCCUGAUGAAUCUAAGAAAUUCUUAUCGCUUGCUGAGGAGCUAGCGUGGACCUGCUAUAACUUCUACCAGUCAACACCAACAAAAUUGGCUGGAGAAAAUUACUUUUUUAAUCGAGGACAGGAUAUGAGUGUUGGAACAUCGUGGAACAUAUUGAGGCCAGAGACAAUCGAGUCACUCUUUUAUCUCUGGCGUUUGACUGGAAACAAGACUUAUAAAGAGUGGGGCUGGAAUAUCUUCCAAGCAUUUGAGAAGAAUUCCCGCACAGAGUCAGGAUAUGUUGGAUUAAAGGAUGUUAACACUGGCGUGAAAGACAACAUGAUGCAGAGCUUUUUUCUGGCAGAGACACUGAAAUAUCUAUACCUCCUUUUUUCACCUUCCUCAGUCAUUUCCCUCGACGAAUGGGUUUUUAACACAGAGGCUCACCCUAUAAAAAUUGUAACCCGCCAUGACUUGGUGGAUGCAUCAGGAAAGUCAACUGGAAAACAGAUAGAAAUUCGAACACGUGUCAGGAAAGAAGGCCGGUUUCAUGGUCACUAG